GUCCAUUCAAAUCGAGAAACACUUGAACUACAGAGCCGAAUUGAUGACCUGGAAGUGAAGGUGCAAGACAUACUUAAACAAAUGGAACCUUCUGGGAUGGACAGGUUUAAAUCGGAUAAAAGACGACAAUGGACAAGAGAGAUGACUUUAACCCAUAUUAUGGGAUAGAAGAAGUUCAGUUCCGAUUUUACACAAGAAAAGAUGUCAGGGCGUUGAGUGUGAAGGAAAUAACAAAUGUGGAGACCUUUGAAACCCUGAACCAUCCAACAGUUGGGGGACUGUAUGAUCAGGCACUGGGCCCAUCGGAUGAGCAUGAUGUCUGUUUUACCUGUAACCAGCCAUCCUUGCAUUGCCCAGGCCAUAUGGGCCACAUGGAGCUGGCCAUGCCCGUCUUCAACCCUCUCCUCUUUAUGACCAUGCUACAGACACUGCGAGCCACAUGUUUCACCUGUCACAGACUGAACGUCGACCCGAUUGCCUGCACACUGUUCCUGGCCGAGAGUCAACUUCUCGAGGCGGGGCUUGUUGCCGAGGCCGCCAUUUUGUCAUAUAGAUUCAGUGAGGAGGAUCGCAGUGAAGAUCGUAGCCAGCAUAAACAGCUAAUUGAGGAAACUGCUAAACAAUGCCUGCAAGGAAAGUCACCAAAACAGGACAAAAAUAGUCACAGUUACAAGAAUGUCGAGGCUGUCAGACAGAGCAUUUCCAGCAUCUUCACCAAAGUUCAGAUGCGCAAAAACAAGAAGUGUGCUCACUGCCUCGCCAAGAGAAAAACACUGAGACAUGAGGAUCGCUCCAAAAUUUUCCUGGUCGGAACCCUUGCUGAUGCUCCUAAGGAAAAGGGAAAAACAAAGGUCACGAACAACCAGACUGGUGAUGAUCCUGAAGAUGAUGGCGAUGACGAGGAAGAGGGGGAUAACUCGGACACAGAGGAGCCCGCCAGGAAAAGGAGUAGACCAGAUGUGAUAAAAUCUAAACAGAAGGGAAGCAGCGUGUCGAACAUAAGUAUGAUCACUCCAUUGAAGUUAAGGGACCAUUUCCGCAAGGUGUGGUCAGCUGACGGAGUGGUUCUACAGGAAGUCUAUCCCGUACUGAAACACUCGGGCCUGGAGUUUCCGACUGACAUCUUCUUUCUGGAGGCAAUUCCUGUGCCACCUACAAAGUUCAGACCAAUCUCAGAGAUGCAUGAUCAGAAGUACGAACACUCGCAUACAUCGAACCUGCUGGCAUCCUGAAAGAUAACUCCCUCGUGCGUGACAUUCUAUGGGGGAUGGAGAAAUCCUCUGCAGACACGCAGGUUGGCCCCGGCAG